AUGGUGGAAAAUGCGAAUAACUGGGCUUUCCCGGGCGAGGACGUGCCCGUCUUCGACCUGCUGGUGCUAGGGGUUGGGCCGGACGGACAUACCUGCUCCCUCUUCCCCGACCACCCCCUGCUCCAGGAGAAAGAGAAAAUAGUUGCUGCUAUUACUGACUCUCCAAAGCCACCGCCGGAGCGGAUAACGUUAACCCUGCCUGUGCUGAAUGCUGCACGGAUGGUUGUGUUUGUGGCUACGGGGGAAGGCAAAGCUUCUGUUUUAAAGCGCAUUUUGGAAGGCGAUGAGGAAAAUCCCCUUCCCGCUGCCCGUGUCCGGCCUCGCUCCGGGCAGCUGCGCUGGUUCCUGGACGAGUCGGCAGCCAAGGACCUGACCAUCCCCCUGGAGAAACAUUCCGUCUUGUAG